AAACCCGGCGAGAGGGGCGGGCCUGCGUACAGCCGCGUCCCGGGGAGGAGAGCGCGGGGCCGGCCUUAGUAGGUUCAGCCCCUGCCGUCGUGUUUACAUCCGUCCCGCUCGGGUGUCCUCCGAGGCCUCGGCUCCCUCCCCGAAACCGCCUUCGCUCUCUCCAGGCCGGGUCAAUGCGGCGCUUUUCGCCGGGCCAUGGACACCAGCGACCUCUUCACCAGCUGCAAGAAGGGCGACGUUUGUCGCGUUCGAUACCUUCUUGAACAGAGAGAUGUUGAAAUCAAUGUCCGAGACAAAUGGGACAGUACCCCUUUAUACUAUGCUUGUCUCUGUGGGCAUGAAGAGCUUGUGCAAUACCUUCUAGCCAAUGGUGCAAAAUGUGAAGCAAACACCUUUGAUGGUGAGCGGUGCUUAUAUGGAGCUCUGAGUGAUACUAUCCGGCGGGUGUUGAAGGAGUAUAAGCAGAUCACCGCAAAGUGCAUGAAGAGGGACUACUAUGAUGCCUUUCUUCAGCGGCUUCUAGAACAGGGUUACCACAGUGACAUUGUUUUUAUAGUUCACGGGAAGUCUUUCUGUGCCCAUCGCUGCAUCCUUGGUGCUCGAAGCGCGUAUUUUGCAGAAAUGUUUGAGACCAAGUGGAAGGGGAAGAAUGUCAUAGCACUGAAACAUCCAUUGAUCAAUCCAGCAGCCUUUAGCUCCCUUCUGCAAUACCUCUAUACAGGCUGUUUAGACAUAGAUGUAGAAUAUGUGAAUGACUGCAAGAGAUUGGCCAAACAAUGUCAGCUCCAGGAUCUCAUUGAAGACUUAGAAACCAAAUGUAAAAAGGUGUAUGAAUUUGUUUCUUCCAAGCCAGGGACCUGUGUAAAGGUGCUGACAAUUGAACCAUCAGGUAAUUCACGGUUGCAGGAAGACCUAGCUCUGCUAGCAGAGUGUGCCUUGCCAGCUGAAUUCAGGGUAGGUUUUGGAGAAUUGCCUUUUGAUAGCACCGACAGCUUCAGUAGUUAUCCUGAUCUGUGUUUCCGAGUGUCAAAUUACAGUUUCCUUUGUCACAAGGCAUUUUUCUGUGGCCGAAGUGACUAUUUCAAAGCCCUUCUAGAGGACCACUUCUCGGAGAGUGAGGAGCUACAGACCCAACCUAGUAUCCCUGUGGUGACCCUUCAUGACAUUUCAGAGGAGAUCUUCAUCAGAGUUCUUUAUUACAUCUACAGUGAUGACACGGAGCUAUCUCCUGAAAAUGCCUAUGAAGUGCUUUGUGUCGCUGAUAUGUACCUGUUACCUGGGCUCAAGCGUCUGUGUGGGAGAACUUUGGCACAGGUUCUUGAUGAGGACAGUGUUGUCAGCAUCUGGAAGAUUGCAAAGCUAUUCCAGCUGACCCGGUUGGAAGAUCAGUGCACAGAGUAUAUGGCAAAGAUAAUUGAGAAGUUAGUGGAGUUUGAGGAAUUUGCAGCAGCAGUGAAAGAGAAUGCUGACGCAGUGGAGGAACGGCAGGAGACAGACUCUAUUCCUCUUGUUGACGACAUCCGUUUUCACAUAACCAGCAAUGUUCAAACGUACAGUGCCAUUGAAGAGGCUAACCAAAAAUUGGAAGCUCUGGAUAAUCUUUUGGCUAGCAUAGGACUUGAAUGUUAAUCUGGGACAUUUUCUUGUGUGACUUAAUGAAGCAGCAGUUCAGAGUUCAUUUUUGCAAUUCACAUCUUUUUCUCUAUAUUUGAAUGUUCCCAUUUCUUUGUUUUAUUUAAGUCCCCCCCACCUUAUUUAUGUUACUGACUACUGCAUCUGGAUUAAUUUUUUUCUUCUUCCAAGAAACAGGUCCCCAGAAGAAUCUCUGAUUUGAAAACAUGGUAAUGUGUACGUUACAUUGCUGAUAAAUGAUUUGCAUGUCUUAAGUAAUGAGUGUACUAUUUGGCAUACAACCAGAUAUUGCAGUCCAAAAAAGCCCAAUGAAAAUGGAUCAAGCCUUCAGAACAUUGACAUUCCUGCUGGGUAAGAAGGAAGAUAAAUGCUUUUACUGAAGUAUAAGAAUAUUGGGGUUGGUACAGUAGAAGCUAAGGUUGCUUGCUGUUUGCCUUACAGCCUUAUCUUCCAAAUGUGUACAGCUGGAACUGAGCAGAUCCUCAGUUUUCUAAUCCAGAUGUCUUAUUCAUCAGGUGGUCAAAUUUAUUUACUUUUUAAAAAAAAUCUCAUUUCUGCUUCUUGAAAUAAAAUAUUCUGCCACCACUAGGUGCAAAAGCACUUGGCCACCCACUUUUUCCUGCUUUUUUGUAGGGGACAUUGAGGCGUGGAGGUUUAGCAUGUCUGCAUAUCUGUUCGAUAGUAACGUUCCUUUGCUUCUACUAUCCUUGGGGUUUCACUCAAGUGGUUCACAACUUUCAACAUGGAAUGUGUAUGUAUAAGUGAGCGUGCUGUACGUGCAUGAUACCAUAAUGGACCGAUGGAGCAUUGCUUGGUAGUGGAAGCAUAAAUUAGUCUUGUGAGGGGGUAGGAGUUACCAUCAUGUUGAUCAGUUCUACCCUUUGACAUACUCAAUAGGAUAUGAGAAUAUACUCACAUGGCAUAGUCUAUACAGUGCAAUAUUUUAAGGUAUACAUCGUUUGAUUCUGGUCAGCACACAUUAAGGUCACUUAUGUGAAGGUCUGUAUGAAAAUUUAACUAUUUUAUUGGCUAUACUGAGGUAUGGGGCCACAUGCAUCCAUGUGUACACAGUACUGAUAUCUACAAUCACCUGUUGAUAACAUGUUCUGACUGGCUAUAUGCAGUUGAUUGUCAGAUUUCCUAAAUGGGACCGGUGCUGUUUUCCCAUUCUGUGUAUAUUAAAUCUAGGAUGUAUGUAGAUACUCAAGUAGUUUAAUGACUAGGUUCAGAAUUGCAUAGCAGAGAUAGAGAAGUGUCCUGAGGUUUUCUACCUGACCUUUCAUAAUCUGCAUCAUCAUGAUAUACUUACACAUUGGGCAGAGAAGGGGCAACUUAGAUUCUGUCAAUAAGAUCUUUGUCUGUAAGUAAAGAGUGUCUUACCACUAUCCAGUGUUCGUUGUGUCCUUUGUUACUCCCCCCCCCCCAUUAAUAUGGAUGAUAGAUGGAAAAUGCAUUGUGGCCAUUGUAGCUUUGAGAGAGAGAGAGAGUUGAGGGGAAAUGAGAAAUGCAGUGCUUAAUGUGGAAACCAGCACUGGGUAGAUCAGCCAGGGUUCUGUGCCACCCUACCUCUCUAGAAUUAUGUGCUCGUUAUUAGAGAAAGGAAUUUGACAAGGAAAGAGCUAAAUCCCAUUUGGAUUAUCCAGACUCUGUGAGGCAUUAUUAUUCCUAUACUAAUACUGUCAGUGUUACAGCAAUUGCAUUGGUAGAUUAACUGUAGUGAGACAUUGAUCUGGCAAAUGUGAUGUGGACUCUAAUUACUACAGUUUUCCAUGCACUGAUAACUCUUUACAGCUAAGGUCAAGAAGUUGGAUGUGUAUUUCUUAAUGGUAUGCCAAGGGAAGCAUACCUCUUAAAGGAAUGGUGCUUAUUUAAAAGCAUAUGGAACUAGUCUGUUAUUCAGGAACCAUAAAUAAAAGCCUGGCCAGGAUGUUUCUUUUCCUGCAUUUUACUAGGAAAAUGAAGGGAAGUUAAAUUCUGGAUUGCUUGAAAUUUUUUUGGCAAACAUUAUACGAUCUUUCUUGUGCCAACUUAUAAGGCCCCCCUAGUGAAUAAAUGGACAUCAUACUGGGAAAAAAAACCAUAACUACUUCCUUUUUCUGUUUUCAUUCUUUACAUGAACAGUGAAUUAUUGGAACAAAAAGCAGAGUGAGGUUUUUUUAAAUAGCAUCCUAGUAUUUUUCUCUUCCUUGCAAGUAUCUAGAAAAGUUAACAUGAUAUAAGCACAGGAAAUUACCUCUGGUAAUUGCCAUUGGGGUUCUUUAAGUAAAAAUACUUUUUAAAAAUAUUGUCAAGUGAAGAUCCAGUUAGCUUCUAGAUAGGAAGUGAAAGUGGCUGAACAAAGCUUUGUUCAUACUACUGAGAAUGGUAAGUAAAUUUAGAAUGAAUUUCCAGUAUGAUUGAAUUUAGAAGCUGCUUCUCAGAAUUCAGCUCCUUGAUGAACUGUCCCCUCGCUCUGUCUUGUAUUUUGUUCGUUUUUGUGGAUAAAAACAGACUAGUAUCUACUUAACAUAUAGUGAAAUGUCACCUCCUUUAAAUCCAAAGAAGAUAUGAAAAUAAUGGAUUUCUAAUUAUUUAUUGGUAUAGUCUUCCUGGCUAUUCAUUGUAUUGUAAAGGGGUCUAAAUGUGAGACUUUUACUAUUGUGGUCUUACUUUAACUCAGCCCUCUGUUAUUUAAAAUAAAGAGAAUGUAAAGCUUUACUGAAUGGCAAUAUAAUUAUAUAUUUAAAAGCUUAAUAUAUAAGCAUGGUGCAGCAAUAAAGAAUCUAUUUCAUUAGA